CCUUCUCCCAUCUCAUCUCCCCACUCUUUCCUCUCUGAGCUGCUUCCGCUCACUCCUCACUCCAUUGGAGGACCUCCACUCAACCAAUCAAGCAGGAAACCCAGGCAGCCACCCCCGAUCAACAAACGACCAUGGCCGCCGCCAACGCCCUCACCAGCGCUUCCGUGUCCCGCGGAGCCGGUGCGAGCAUGAGCGGCUCUGUGACUGUCGUGUGCCCGCGCUCCGUGGUGGCAGCGGCACCAACGUCCAGGACGUCGUCCUUGCGUCCCGUGCGGGGCGGUGUUGUCGGGACGGCAGCCCCCGUCGUGGCAACGGCGGAGGGCGACGACGGGAGGCAUUUUGGGCAGCUGGCGGCGCCGUCUGGGCUGGUGGAUGAGCUCGUGGAAGAGGCGCUCGUCUGGUGCUCGCAGCACGGCCUCGUCGUCGGCGACAAGAACCACCCGAGAUCAGGAAAGGCACCCGGUGUUGGUCUGCUCCAUGCUCCGUUUGCUCUCUUGCCAAUGUCAUUCCCAAAGGUUUACUGGGAGCAGGCGCUUGAGUUGGCUCCACUUUUCAAUGAGCUCGUUCACCGUGUCAGCCUCGAUGGAGACUUCUUGCAGCAGACUUUGGCGAGGACAAAAGAAGUGGAUCCAUUCACUAGGAGGCUUCUAGAUAUUCACUCGAAGAUGAUGGAACUGAACAAGAAAGAGGACAUUCAGUUGGGUCUAACCAGGUCAGACUACAUGGUAGAUGGGGCAACGGACAAGCUUCUUCAAGUGGAGCUCAACACGAUCUCCACAUCCUCCAAUGGUCUUGCUUGUGGUGUAUCUGAGCUCCACAGAAAUCUGAUCAGACACCAUGAGAGGGAACUUGGUUUGGAUCCAGCUAGUGUUGUUGGAAACACUGCGAUAACCCAGCACGCCGAAGCAUUAGCCACUGCAUGGGCCGAGUACAACAACCAAAGCGCAGUAGUUCUGGUCGUUGUUCAAGCAGAAGAAAGGUACAUGUAUGACCAGUACUGGAUCACGGUCGCGCUGAGAGAAAUGUAUGGGGUCACGACUAUUCGCAAGACAAUGGCAGAAAUAGAAGCGGAGGGGGAUUUUCGUCCUGAUGGGACGCUCGUGAUAAAUGGACGCCCAGUUGCAGUAGUUUACUUCAGGGCAGGCUACUCACCGGCUGAUUACCCAUCAGAAGCUGAAUGGAGAGCAAGACUCUUGAUCGAGCGUUCUUCUUCUAUUAAGUGCCCAUCAAUAGCACACCAUCUUGUCGGUACAAAGAAGAUUCAGCAAGAACUGGCAAAGGAAAAAGUGCUUGAAAGGUUUCUUGACAACAAAUCCGACAUCGAAAAUGUACGAAAAUGCUUCGCAGGAUUGUGGAGUUUGGAGACUGACAAUAUAGUCAAUUCCGCUAUUGAAUCACCGGAGUUGUUUGUUCUCAAACCACAAAGGGAGGGUGGAGGGAACAACAUUUACGGUGAUAAUCUGCGUGAAACGUUGAUUCGCCUUCGGAAGGAUGGAAGCAAUGAAAUUGCAGCAUACAUCUUAAUGCAAAGGAUAUUCCCACCAACAUCCCCCAGCUAUCUUGUCCGCGAGGGAACUUUUGUUAGGGAUAAUGUGGUUUCUGAGUUUGGAAUAUUUGGAGCCUACCUGAGGAACAAAGACAAGGUCAUUAUAAAUGAUCAGUGCGGUUAUUUGUUGAGGACGAAAGCAGCUUCACUAAAUGAAGGUGGGGUGGUCGCUGGAUAUGCGUUUUUGAAUAGCAUAUUUCUGACAUGACAAGGCCGGUUAUCCACGGGCUACGCACCGGAUCCAUAUGUAGUCCUUACAUCAGCAUGUGGAGGCUCGGGGCUUCUAGACUUUGGAUGCCAGCAAUUGGAGAUGGCCGUACGGGCUAUAUGGUAGCAUAGAACUAGGUUUAGUAAUGCAUGAGAGUCUUAUGUACAAAUGUAUUGUUCUUGGUUGUGUCCUUUUUAUCUAUUUAUGUAAUGCCCUAAAAUUGUAUAAUAAAUGGCUAUGCGCAUCAAUCGAUGUUGAUGCCCGGUGUAACACACCUCCUUUUCUAAAAAUAACCAAAAGGCAAAUAAUCGGGCAUAAUCUUUAGGAGGGGGGAAUAUUGACAUGUAUGGACCAAAUAGUAAGUGAACAACUCUGCUUUGGAUAUUGGGAA